GCUGUUACUCUAUAUAAACACACACACACAGUCUCACAUCACACACUCAGUCUUCACUUCAUCUGACAGCAAACAGCGUUUUCAUCUGCACUGUUGGAAAUAUGGGCAUCUUCUUCUCCAGUGUUUUAUCUCGUCUAUUUCAGAAAAAGGAGAUGAGAUUGCUUAUGGUCGGUCUGGAUGCAGCAGGAAAGACCACAGUCCUCUACAAACUCAAACUUGGGGAAGUUGUCACAACCAUUCCAACUCUUGGUUUUAAUGUAGAGACAGUUGAGUACAAGAACAUCUCAUUCACUGUUUGGGAUGUUGGUGGUCAGACCACAAUCCGAGGUCUCUGGAGACAUUACUAUCAGAACACUAAGGGUCUGAUCUUUGUGGUGGACAGCAGUGAUCGUGACAGAAUUGAGAUGGCAGCAGAAGAACUCAAUAUGAUUCUUAAGGAGGAUGAGAUGAGAGAUGUUGUUGUGCUUGUACUUGCUAACAAGCAGGAUUUACCCAAAGCCAUGCCAGUCCACGAGCUGACAGACAGACUGGGUUUAAAGACCCUCAAAAACAGACAGUGGUACGUUCAGUCAACCUGUGCAGUUCAAGGAUCAGGUUUAUAUGAAGGACUGGAUUGGCUCUCUGAUCAACUCUCAAAACGAUAACAAUGCAAAACAUUUAAGUGUGAAAACAAUAUUUUGUUUUAAACAGAAUUAUAUAUUUUUUUAUGAUGUACUAUCACGUUCUUCUAUGCAUAUUGUUAAUUGUCAAUUAUGAUAAUUCCCUUUUUAUGUUAUUGCACUGAAUUAGAAGACACAGUAUAAUUUAUUAAAAGAUAAAUGUUUAUUACUACACUACUGUAUUUUGACUGCUGUAUGAUGUAAUUAUUCUAUGUACCGUAAUUUUUUCAUUCAU